AUGCGCGAAAUCGUUCACCUUCAAGCUGGUCAAUGUGGAAACCAAAUUGGUGCUAAAUUUUGGGAAGUAAUAUCUGAUGAACAUGGUAUCGAUCCUACUGGUACAUAUCAUGGCGAUUCUGAUCUACAACUUGAACGUAUCAAUGUCUAUUAUAAUGAAGCAGCUGGUAAAAUCAUUGGCUCACAAUAAACAUUGC